AUGCUGAACAGUUUUGAUUCUUGCAUUAAGACCGCGUCUUCCGGCGUUUUUGAAGGCAUAACUGUCAAUUUAGGCCUCUGGGAUACAGCUGGUACAGAGCUUAUAUUGCUAAACUAUAUGUUAUGCUCCAGAACUUUGGUUAAGCAGGAAAAAUAUGUCUUCAAACAUCCACAGCCAAAACGACCACGGUCAAUUAGAAUAUAUGAGUCACACAUUGGAAUGAGUAGCCCGGAGCCAAAAAUCAACACAUAUGCUAAUUUUAGAGAUGAUGUACUACCUCGCAUUAAAAAGCUUGGCUAUAAUGCUGUCCAGAUUAUGGCUAUCCAAGAACAUUCUUAUUAUGCUAGUUUUGGGUACCAUGUUACUAAUUUCUUUGCACCUAGCAGUAGGUUUGGAACUCCAGAAGAUCUUAAGUCUCUGAUAGACAGAGCCCAUGAACUAGGUCUGCUUGUUCUGAUGGAUAUUGUACAUAGAACCCUCCUGUAA